CUGGGCCACAAGGUAACCCUUGUGGUUACAAUUUUCACUCUCAUCCAUAAUCCUCCUCCUCCUUCUCUGUUUCUCCUAUCGCUCUUUGGAUUUUCUCUUUUCCACUUCUCUCCUUCGUCUAUUUCACAAGAGACGUGUUAGGUUUAUAAUCUCAAUGGCUCUUAACGUGAGCAAAGUGGUCCCUAGGAGUCCCAUUUUAGCGAAGAGGGCUAGUGUCUCAAGAUCUCAAAGCGUUCUGUUAACGUUUCCCUCCAUAAAGGGUUCGUCUAAAGAAGAAUUACAAGGCCUCUGUUGUACAAAGCCUCUCACUUUUGUUACUUCUCGUAGAUCUUCAUCUACAGUGUGUUUUCUUGGCAAGUCUCAAGACACGGAAACUAAACCUCAUCAGGAUUGUCUUGAUUUACCCAACUCAAAAACUGUUCAAAAAGAAGGUGAGAAGGAAGUGAUGCUAAGGAGUAAAAGCAACUCAAGCCAGGUUCUGGUGGAGUAUGUGUCUAAUGAUGCCAAGUUUGUUAAUGAAAGAGCUCGUAGUGACUUUGUUCUUCUUUCUCGUGGCAUUGUGAGACUUGAUGCUCGUGCACGUCAGGACGUUGCAAUUCUUGGGUCGGGGUUCCUUAAACUGGAUGCUCGGGCAAGAGAAGAUACAGAGAAAAUUGAUCGGGAUGUCAAGAGAAAGGCCGAGCGCCUUCAUCAUAUUGCUACUAUAUUAAAAAACAUAGCCCAGUCUAAGUUGAAAAAUGCUGCUGAUAAGCAUUGGAGUGACGGCGCCUUAGAGGCUGAUCUAAGGCGAGCGGACUUCCGCGCUAAACAACGGGCAAUGGAAGAUGCUUUAAUGGCUUUAGAGUUUAUCAAGAACAUUCAUGAUAUGAUGGUGCAAAAAAUGGUUGAUAGCUUGGUAACAUCCGAAACUGGUACCACGGACCGCAUAUCGCUUGAGAAGAAUGGAAAAGCUCUAGAGUUUUUCCUAGGGGAAGUUUCAUCUGAUAGCAUAUCUGCUAUUGAGGAAGCUUACAAGAGUAUGGCAUCAGCUCUCUCAGAAGCCGAUGGAAUUGACUACACUGAUCCUGAAGAGCUUGAACUGUUAGUAACUACUCUGAUCGACCUCGAUGCAAUGGAUGGUAAAAGUAGUGCAUCACUAUUGGCUGAAUGCUCUAGCUCUCCAGACGUCAAUACAAGGAAAGCAUUGGCUAAUGCCUUAGCAGCUGCGCCAUCGAUGUGGACGUUGGGAAAUGCAGGCAUGGGAGCGUUACAGAGACUAGCGGAAGACAGUAACCCGGCGAUUGCAGCAGCUGCUUCCAGAGCGAUCAGUGCGCUGAAGAAGCAAUGGGAAGUCGAAGAAGGUGACGCACUUAGCUUUACGAACCCAAAUGAUGAUGAAGAUGGAGACAGUGACCAUGACGAAAUCUGAAAAUAGUUUUUUUUUGUUUCAUGUAAAAGAAUAGAUAAUUUAAGAGUUAAUGAUAAUUUAGUUCGCCAAGAA